UGGGAGGGGUUGAUGAAAGAGGACAGGGAUAUAAUGAGACGUCUGUCCAGUUCAGGAGCAGAAGGUGAGGAGAAGAAGAAGAAGAGCAGAAAGACGCAUAAACAAACUCGCACCACACACCCCGGGAGGAUUUAUCACUAUUCACUGCACCAGUAACGUCCAUGAGGAACAUUACAGGGAUGAAGGAUGAAUGGGUUUUUGUUCUCCUGUUCUCCUCAGUAGUAUGUGGUAUAGGAGCAUAUAUUCCUCAUCGCUAUCACUUUGUGAAUGAGAAUAAAACCUGGAGUGAAGCUCAGGAUUACUGCAGAGAGAAAUACACUGAUCUGGCCUCCAUCAACGACAUGGGAGAGAUGAUGAAGCUGAAUUACACACUGAAGAAGGAAACUGUAAAGAAAGCUUGGAUCGGUCUACAGAGAGAGGGCACUGGGGAAUGGCAGUGGUCUCUGGCAGACCAAACUUUCUACAGAGACGGAGACACUUACAGAAACUGGAGUAGUGGAGAACCAAACAACCAAGGGGGAAAUGAGUUCUGUGUUCAGAUGUAUGAAAGCGAUGGUUCCUGGAAUGAUAACACCUGUAAUAAAACAUUCUCUUUUGUGUGUUAUGAAGAAAAGAACACAAACACUAAUAGAUACAUGUUGAUUAAUGAGAAAAAGACCUGGUAUGAUGCUCAGACCUACUGCAGAGAGAAACACACCGACCUGGUCAGUGUGAGGAACAAAACUGAGAAUGAUGAGAUCUGGAAAGUGAUUAAAAAUCCAUCUAAUGAAAAUGUUUGGAUUGGUCUGUUUAAAGACUCCUGGAAGUGGUCAGAUCAGAGUAAUUCCUCAUUCAGAUACUGGAGCUCUGACAAACCCAGUGGAGAUUUGAACUGUGCUGCAGUGAAUGUGUCUGAUCAAGACCAUUGGACCAAUAUGAGCUGCACAGAAAAACUCCCCUUCAUCUGCCAUGAGAAUAAGCUGAUCCUGAUUAAGCAGAAUCUGACCUGGAAAGAAGCUCUGAACUACUGCAGGAACCAUCAUUAUGACCUGGUCUCAGUGCGCACUGAGGAGAUGCAGCUCUGGGUGAAGGAAGUGGUUCAAAACACCUCCACCGAAUACGUGUGGCUCGGCCUGCGUCACACCUGCGCUCUGGGCUUCUGGUACUGGGUGACUGGAGAGAUGAUCUGCUACCAGGACUGGGCCCCGGGGAACGGGACAGGGUUCGAAGACUGCAGCCAUGAGGAGAGAACCGGAGCAGUGCAGUCUGGAGGAAAGCAGCAGUGGAUCAGCCUGCCUCAGAGCGACACACUCAACUUCAUCUGCUCUACCUAUGAAGGUUAGUCAGUGUGGUGUUUUCGCUGUAGUAGUUCAUGAUAUCAUAAACAUUUUCUAUAUAUUUCUUCUAACACAUUUAAUCAAACAUGAAGUCUGAGCACCAUAUGUGCAACAUCAGCUAAUCCAAAUCUUUUUUUAUUUUUUUUGUCGUAUAGAUUAAAAAAAAAAAUCUGUCCAUCAAAAUCUUUGAUCCUAUAUGUAAUCUGUGUGUCACACAUACUCCUUUCAUAUUUUCCAAGCAUUAUGUUAUUGAUGCAGAUGAUACUCAUUAUUAUAAUAUAGUUUUUAUAAUAAUAUAGUUUCUAUAAUAAUAUAGUUUCUAUAAUAAUAUAGUUUCUAUAAUAAUAUAGUUGCUAUAAUAAUAUAGUUGCUAUAAUAAUAUAGGGUUUUUGGGUGAAUCAGGGUGAAGGUAUUUACUUGUAUCACACUUCAGUAUGUUUGAUGUACACAUUUAUUUUAUUAUGCUUUCCGGAUAAUUAAUCUGUAAGCAACUACCUAAUAUUUCAUCUUAAAUAAUCUUCUAUGAGCAAAUAACACCAUAAAGUCAUAAAUACAGGAUGUUUGUAAAAUGUUUGUGGAUGUGUCUCCAUUGUUAUUCAUUUAAGGCAAAAUUUCUCUGUUUUUAAACUUGAAUAAAUGAGUGUGUAUUUUUUAAACUGUAUUUUUAAUCAGGGGGCGUUGGUGUUUCUAUACCUGUCAUGUACGAUUUUUAAGAUUUUUUAAAUACUGAAUAUGGAGUGUAAUGAUUAUUGGAAUUAGUUUCU